UUACCUGUAUAAACAGUUUCCAAAGCUCAAAGAUGCUGGAGGCUAUGAACUUCUGAAGGCUCGAGGUGCUACCCGCUCAAAAUCAUUGGAGAUAAUUCCUUGUCCUGAUGAAGGAUACUCGGCAGAGUACUUGAGCAACAGUACACUUGGCAUAGGAGCUGGCAUGAUUUACAUCAGACCUCUUCAGAAAUAUCUUAACUUAGAGUUUUCAGAGGGAAAAACAGGCCAAGGGCCACAAAUAGCCUGUUUGUACUGCCAAGAAAAAAUUUCUGUUGCUGAAAUGCAGAAACAUGUUGACCAAUGUGAAAUAGUGGAAAGUUGAGCCAAAUUUGUUUCGGGCUGCACUUCUAUACAGAAGGGAGCUUUUGGAAAGGGCUGAACGUCUUUCUGGGCUAACAGCAGGCCUGAACCUAUGCAGCAGUACACAGGAAAGAGAAAGAUAAAUGUUUACAUUCUAUAAAUCACAGCCUGACAACUGGGCUCGUCCAUUCUUCGUUCUACUCAGGGGUGAUGCAGCAAUUGGAGAUGGUGUGAAACGCUACUUCCUAUCUCAGGUUAUUUCUCGUGUGCAGUUUGGGUUUGCCCUAGAUUUUGACAAUUGUGGCAAAACCCUAUUUUUCACCGGUCAAGAAGAUCAUCUGGUGCCGUCAACCUCCCGAAUUCUGCUGGAUAGUGACCUGUUCCGCAUCGUUGGACGCAUGAUUGGCCAUUCAUUUAUUAAUGGUGGUCCCUCAUUGACUGGACUUAGUCCUGCUAUGUUUGGAAUAAUAACUGGACAAAUGAAUGAGACCGUUAUAAUUGAACUCGAAGAUUGCCCUGACACGGAUGUCAUUGAAAUUGUCCAUCUGCUUCAAAAACCAAAUACACUUGCUGAUGAUGAGUGUGUGAAAGUGAAUGACCUAGCUGUCAGUUGGGAUCUGCCUCGGGUCACUGCAGAAAAUAGACUGUGGCUAGCCCAAAGCAUUCUUCACCAUGCUGUCAUUGGCCAUCGCGAGAAACAGAUGCAACAGUUGAAGAAAGGACUGAAGGAUACUGGAGUAUUGCGCAUGGUUAAGGAACGACCUUCUCUUAUUGAAGUCCUAUUCCCACGAUCAUCUUCCCUGGCAAUUGAUGCACAGAUGAUCCUAGAAAGAGUAAUAUGGCCAAACCCUGACAGUGAUGAUGAGGAGAACUUCAGUCUGGAAACGUGCUGCAAAAUCACAUCCUUUUUCCGGCAAUACAUUGAAGAAGGUACACCACAAGAUCUGAAGAACCUUGUUGAAUUUUGGGUUGGCUGGACAAGCCUACCACAAGAACUGUAUGUGAAAGUAUUAGAUGUCAGAAUGCCAACUGCCUCAACCUGCAGGGAGACACUUAAACUCCCAUUACAUUACAGUCACUAUGAUGAUUUCAGCUCUGAUCUAAAAGCAGCUGUGUCUAGCAACAGUUUUGGAUUAGUUUAAAAGGAAGGUAUCACAAUAGUCCUUAAACUGUUGUUUUUGCUGAUUGUUCAAGUUUAAGAAAAUACAGUGAAAACAGUCAGAUA